GCGGGCAUGCGUGUGGGGUGCUGAGGUUCUGUCUGCCCGUGCAGAAAUGUUGGAGCCUCUCCCGGAGCCAGAGAAGGGUUUGUGCCGUUGGAGCUCUGGGCAUGCGCAGAUCGCGGCGGGAGAGACCUUCUUUAACCCCCUCUCCCCCUCGUGCCCGGUCCGGCUUCGCCCCCGCCCCCGCCUCCAGGGCUGCAGAAUGACGUCCAUGUUUUUCUCCAGCUCAUCCCAUCCUCCCAUGACACAGGGAAGAGAAAUGGCUCCAGAGGAGCCUGUUCAGAGGCCAGUGACCUUUGAGGAGGUGGCUGUGUAUUUCACCAGGGAAGAGUGGAUUCUGUGGGACCCUGCCCAGAGAGCGCUCUGCAGAGACGUUAUGCAGGAGAACUAUGAGAAUGUGACCUCACUGGCAGGUGCUGGGCUGGUGAGUGAGACCAUGGAGCAGAAUUCUCAACAGAAAGAUGAUGAGGAAGUGGAACCACGUGGCACAUUAUUGCAAAGAUGCAAAGAGAGUGUGUCCAGGAGUUGAGAUCAGGGAAAAGCCUGUGAGAGUCAGCACAUUCCAGAGAGGUGGCAGGGAAACCAGGCAAUGCAGAAGGUGUACCACCCCAGUCAAACUCCCCACCUGACGCUGUCCCCGGAGCAGGUCAUGCCCGGCACGUGCCAGGCGCUUGGUGCCAGAAUCGGGGCUCGCCCCUCCGCCUCAGUGGGCAGCUUCCCCAAAGCAAAGCCAAUUGGUUCUUCCCUAAAAUUGGUAAUCCUGGGCAGCAGUUCUCCUCUGUUUUCCAUGCCAGAAAAGUUCUCUGUGGUAUGAUACAGGAGUAAGUGACAG